CUCCACUUAAAUUUAUUUCCAAGUUUAUAAACAAGAAGUUAUAAAUUUUUGAAAGUUUCUCUGUGUGGUAAACCUAAGUUUUAAAAUGGGAGAAGAAAACAUAACAGAGGCUGAGGCUGCUCUUUAUGACAGACAGAUUCGCUUGUGGGGUCUGGAUGCACAAAAAAGAUUAAGAGCAGCAAAGGUAUUAUUGAUAGGUAUAAAAGGAUUAGGAGCUGAGGUAGCAAAGAAUAUUGUUCUAUCAGGAAUAAAAUCUUUAACAAUACUUGACCAUACACAGGUUGAUGAAGAGGACAAGCUGUCUCAGUUUCUGAUUCCACAGGCAGAUAUAGGGAAAAAUCGGGCACUCUCAUCUCUAGAACGAACCCAGUUAUUGAAUCCCAUGGUGAAUGUAACAGCUGAUACUGAUGAUGUGGCUGACAAGAAUGAUGAAUUUUUUAAACAGUAUGACGUCAUCUGUGCUGCAUGUUGUCCUUCAUCUCUACUAUGUAAAAUAAAUAAUAUAUGUUCAGAAAAUAAUAUUAAAUAUUUUGCUGGAGAUGUAUUUGGUUACUAUGGUUACAUGUUUGCUGAUCUUGGAAAGCAUGAAUUUGCUGAAGAAGUACCCAAGUUGAAUCAGAAACAAGAAUCAAGUCAACCAGAUGAGGAAUGUGGUGAUGGUGAACCUGCUCCUAAAAAAAUAAAAAAAGAUGAAAAAGAGACUGUGGUUGUUAAAAAGGAGGAAAUAUUUUCACGUUUGCAGAGUGCCUUAGAUGUUGAUUGGUCAACUACAGAGAUUAAAACUAAAAUAAAAAGAACACCUACAGCUCACUUCAUAACUUUAGCUAUAUUUGAUUUUAUGGAGAAGAAUAAACGUCGACCACAACUGUCUACCUCAGAAGAAGACAGUAAACAAUUGUUAGAAUGUAGAAAGAUGAUUAUAGAGAAAAAUCAACUAGAUGAUAAAUACCUUCCUGAGAACUUUAUAGAACAUUGUUUUGCUGAAUUAAGUCCCGUCUGUGCAAUAGUUGGAGGUGUUCUAGGACAGGAGAUAAUUAAGGCAGUUUCUCAAAAAGAUGCACCACACAACAAUUUUUUCUUCUAUAAUGGAGUGGAAGGAACAGGAAUGGUGGAUAAAAUUGGAAACUGAACAUAGUUAUAUCAAAUUUUAAAAAAAACUAUAGGAACAAUUGAUUUAAGUGCUGAAAUGGUGAAAAUCAAGAUCUUAAAUGUUUAAGAAUUAAAGAUAUGGGUUGACAGGACAAGCUUUGAGGACUAGAAAGAUAUUCAUGUAACCAUUCUUGAAGCAGAUAUUGUUUUCGUGUGCAGAAGAACUAGACAUAAAAACUGUUAAAACAUGGCAAAAUAGAAGAGAAAGUUAUAGUACUAUAAUGUAACAAAAAGUUGUUUUCAUUAAAUUGUUAAAAAAAAUUGUCAACCAUUGUGAGAAACCUUUGGAAUAAGAUGCCAACCAUUAACGAUACUGCCAUUCAUUUUGAAUAUUUCUUUGUAUAAUAAAAUAGACUAAAGCAAAAUCAUA